CCUCCUCCUGCACUACUCCUCCCUCUCCUCUCUCUCUUGGUUCGCUUGGUUCUCUUGGUCUUUCUGCUGCCACCCCCGUCCGUCCUGAUCAACCCCCCCGGUCUCUCGUCCCUCGUCCCUUGUCGUGUGUUUCCAUCAAUCAAUCAAUCUCCCAUCCUUCGCUGCCUCGUCCAUCCACAUUCCUUCUUGCGUCCCCUUCCAUUCCUUUACACCACCCUCGCUUUUUUCUCUCUCCUUCCCUUCCCUUUUACUCCUCACGCUCGCUCUCUUGUCGCCCCCACCUCUUCCCCGACCUCGUCUCUUCGACAGUCGAAUUCGACAUCCUCUCGCCUCCGUCAAGAAUCCAUCCGGCGACGUCGAACCUCCUCCUCCGAUUCUCAACCUGCGCCUCUUCACGCUGUGAAAGGGGUCUUUUUUUUUUUUUGUUGCCGUCGAGCCGAUCUAGCCGCCCCCUUAUGUGCUUUGGACGCAUUUGAAGAUCGUCGUCGAGGUUCCGCCGUGUCGACAACUUCCAGUUUCCCCCAUGCAUUCGACAAAGGGAACUGCCAUAAUCUCAGCUGACGUGACGGAUCAAUAGACGUCCUCGCCCACUCCAAUCCGACGAUAUCUCGUCGAGUCACUCAUUAAACACACCCCAAGAAACCAACCGCCACGCUCAUUGACAAUUUCUUGUCAAGUACAUUCGUUCUAUAACACCCUGACAAAACCCCCAUCUACUAAACACCAAUAUUGGUAUCAUUACAAUCGCUAAAGACCUUCAAUUGAAUAUACGAUAAUCGGGAAACGAAACCAUGCACGCCAAGACUGCUCUUCUGGCCGCCGCCCUCGGCCUGGCCUCCACUGCCUGCGCCGAACAGGAACGACCCAAAAUCUACUUUCCGCGUCACGUUAAACGACAGUUUAUCAACUCGACGAGUACGAGACAGGAGACCUUCCCCCCCGCGCCCGAGAGCACCACUUUCCAGUCCACGUCGGCCUCCAUCAGCUCGACGUUUG